AUGGCUUCUCAGACCAAAUCCAGCAUCGCUAUGGCUCUUGCUGGCAAGACCGCUUCUGUCGAUAUCCCUCAGCCCCGUAUAGGCGCCGGAAAGCCCACUGCUCGCGGUCAACCCGCCAUGCUUCCCACGCCACCCAACUCCAUCUCUCCCACUCUCCCUCCUCAAGCCUUCAAACAACGCCACGUUCUCUCGCCCGGCUCGCCGCUAUCCACUGUGCCGCAGCUGGACUCCGACAUCGACCUGCAGGACGAUGGCGUCAGCCUGAACCAGCAGUCCGCGCACACGCUUCAACUCGACAGCGAUAGCGCUGGCGAUAUCACUCCCCGCCAUGCUAGCUAA